UUCUUAGCGACGACGAUAGAAUCAACCGUCGUCCUCCGAUUCAAGCAAUCUCCGAUCUCUAUAGAAAGGGCAAUCUACUAACCGUGGCUCCGGAUAUCUUACGACGGUUGUUUCCGUCUCGGACCCGAAGAACUGCCCCAAUUUUCCCUUUGACCCGGCUGGAGAUGAACCUUUUCCGGUUCUGCUCCGGUCUGAAAGUCCUCGGUUAUUUCAUGAUCCUUCUCGUCGCUGGCGUCGUCGCCGUAUCUUAUUACUCCGUGAUAGUUAGCACAUGGUGGCCGAUCUUAAUCGAAAGCGGCCAUGGAGCUCUCUCAGCCCUCGCCUGUUUAAUCGUCUUUGUUUUCCAUUUCCUGUUGAUGAUGCUGUUGUGGAGCUACUUCACAGUAGUAUUUACGGACCCAGGUUCUGUUCCUGAGCAUUUCAGAAGAGAACUUGAGGGUGACAAUUUGGAGGCGGGUACUUCGACAGAUCGGGGAGCUUUUAGUUCUUUAGGUUACUGUCCCAAAUGCCGGAAUGUUAAGCCGCCUCGUUGCCAUCAUUGUUCUGUUUGUCAAAGAUGUGUUCUCAAGAUGGAUCAUCACUGUGUUUGGAUUGUCAAUUGUGUUGGAGCCCGCAAUUACAAGUUUUUCCUUCUUUUUCUGUUUUAUACGUUUCUUGAGACAAUGUUGGACGUUGUAGUCUUGCUUCCUAGUUUCAUCAAAUUCUUCAGCCAAGCUAUGAAACAUUCUUCCUCCCCGGGUAAACUGGCCUCCCUCGUUCUGGCAUUCGUUCUUAACUUAGCAUUCGUUCUCAGCCUUCUCUGUUUCGUAGUCAUGCAUCUCUCUCUUCUCUCGACAAACACUACUUCAGUCGAGGUUCAUGAGAAAAAUGGAGAAGUCAGGUGGAAAUAUGACUUGGGAAAAAGGAAAAACUUCGAGCAGGUUUUUGGGAAGAAGAAGGCGUUUUGGCUCCUCCCAUUGUACUCUAAAGAUGAUCUCGAUAACAUAACUUCACUUCAAGGCCUUGAAUUCCCGACUCGUUCUGACAUUGACCCUUGAUUGAAACAAAAAUCAAUCAAACAUGGUCGCAACUUUGUAUAAAACUCUCUUCUCAAAAUGUAUUUCUGGUAGUACAUUACAUUGUUGUAAUAGUGAAAAUUUGAUUUGUGAUUAAAUUCUUUUCAAUGUGUGAUCUCCACCAAAACUCUGUUAAUUUCACUUUCCGGGAUUUUUCAUCAAGGAUAAGCAAG